GUCUCGACACCCACGGCCUUUCGCCGAGUGCCCAGGCCUACAGGCUGACAGACGGGCAUCUAGGCCUGGACGACACUGCACGGCGGCGGCGGCAGCAGCAGCAGCACCUGGCCGAAAGCUUGUUUCGCCAAGGAUCCCGUUUCCCGUUUGCCUGUGGCGGCUCCCGUAGCGCUUCCUAUUAUUAUAGUCUAGUCGAGGCAGCUGCGAGCGCAGUGCCUGGCGCAAUCAUAGCGUAAGACGGGAUGCGACCCCGAGCCCGCCUGCGGCCAUCCACCAGGACCAUCACCCGGCCGAGGUAUAUAUGUGCUUGGUGCCGGGCCCGAGACCUGUUCCCACGCGCCCCUCAGCCCCGACGACCACAUCCCAAAAACCUCCCUGCCGUGCACGACCAGACCACACCUGGGCACACAUGGCUGCCCUGCUCAGGCAUCGUUUCCCGGCUGGCGUCCUGGACAAGCGGCCCUCGUCGCCCUCGCCCAGGUCCAGGACCCUGUCGCCCUGCCCGUCCCUGAUCGACAUCGGUGACAAGCCAACAUCAUCACACAAGGAGGACUCCAGGGCCAGCACCCCCGCCACCCCCGAGUACUCACAACCCCCGCCGCGCAUCCCAGUAGGCUCGUGGGACUCUCACAUGCACGUCGUCGACCCGGACCGUUACCCCCUGUCCGCUGCCGCCGUCUACAGGCCCAGCCCCUUCACCGUCUCACAGGCCAUCGACUUUGAGACCUCCAUCAGGGUCUCACACCUCGUCAUCGUGCAGCCUUCCAUAUACGGCAAUGACAACUCGUGCCUGCUCGACGCCCUGCGCGCCUUUGGUCCCACCCGCGCCCGGGGCGUCGUCGCCUUUGACCCGGCCACGACCCCGGCCUCGACCCUCCGGGAGUGGCACAAACUCGGCGUCAGGGGCGUCCGCCUCAACCUGCGCUCCACCGACCACACCAUGGGCCACGACGAGAUGGGGGCCGUGCUGCGCAGCUACGCCGACGCCGUGCGCCCGCUCGGCUGGGCCAUCCAGCUCUACAUCCCCCUCGAGAUGGUCAGGGUCCUCGAGCACGUCAUGCCCGCCCUGCGCGUGAGGGUCUGCAUCGACCACAUGGGCUCGCCCGACCUGUCGUCGCCGCAGAACACGGCCUCGCGGCUCGACCCUUAUAGCCUCAACGGCUUCAGCUCCCUCGUCAGGCUGCUCCAGGCCGGCGACACCUACGUCAAGCUGUCGGCCCCGUACCGCCUCAGCAAGGGCAGGGACUACAUCCGGGACGUCGACGCCGUCGCCAAGGAGCUGAUCCGCGUGGCCGGCCGCACCAGGGCCGUGUUUGCGUCUGACUGGCCGCACACCAGGUUCGAAGGCCUUGACAUUCGCCCCUGGAUCGACCAAGUCCUGUCUUGGUGCGGUGGCAGCCAGCACCUGGCCGAGAGGAUCUUCCGGGACAAUGCAGAGGAGCUGUGGGCCUGAUGUGGGAGGUCUUUUGGGCAACGGCUUC